AUGCACCUCCCUGGGCCCGCGCCGCUCUCGCCGCCUCCCGUCGGCGAGAACUACAGGUGCCCCACGUGGCUCCCACCCAGGGCGCCCUCCCGCGGGCCUGCAGCGCCCCCUGGCCCGAGCCGAGCCCGCGGGCCCUCUCGGCAGCCUCGGCGCGCGCGUCCCGCCGUGCGCUCCCGCCGCCCUCGUCCCGGUGAGUCAGAGCCGGAGCUGUCUCCGCGCCCCGGGCCCCCGCCAGCGGCCUCGGGAGGGGAGCCGGUUACUUGUCCGCGCUCCGGGGGUGGGGACGCUCGGCCCCCAGCCGUCCCUCCCAGCGGCACGGAUCCCGUGCGGUCCCGCGUGGACGCGGCGGCCGAGCGGCGUUGCGGGCUUUGUUCGGCUUUGUCUGAGCCGCACCUGAACUCGGCCGCGAGGCCCGCGCGCUUCUCGGGGAAGCCGGAGUCACCUGGCGCACCUGGACGAGCGCACCUGGCGCACGCUUCCCCCGGGCUCCCUGCAGACGGCCCGGCCCGGGGAGACCCAGCCAGCGCAUCGGGACGGGGAGCGUGGCGGGCCCGGGAGGGGCCUCUCUUUUGGGACUCCGGCACGGGGUCGCAGAGCCAAGGGGGCGCGGAGCACAGGGCCUACGCGGUGUUAAGGGGCAGCUCUGCCCUGGCCCUGGUCCACUUGGCCCGGCCUGGCUCCCAGGCGGCAGGCGAGAACUUGCCCUUCGUCUGUCGUCGGGAGUGA